AUGGUGACCCUAGAGACGUCCGCGUCUCCUAACCCUGCCAAGGCGUCUGUGUCUGCGAGACCGCCCUCGCAGAUCGCAGCCUCAGAUCAGACCGCUCUGGAGCUGCUUCAAGAUCUCUCCUACGCGGAGGUGCAAGAGGCCCAGGAGUGGCUUGCUAGGGCCGGAAGGGCCAAGCAGGCGUGGGUCGUUUCACCGUCUGGCCAUCUCGUGCGGCCGACAGAGACCAUUGCUGCCGACCUACCCAUGAACGAGAGCGGCGACACAGCAGCUGCGCUGCUGGAAGCAGCACCGGUUUCGCUGGACGCGGCGGCUAACCUGCGCUUUUCUCAGUUUUUUCGCGCGUCACUGAUGGAGGAGGACAGCGAUGACGCCAUCAUGAGCGAUGGUGGGUGCGGCGCCGUCCACGGAGGAGCGGGGAAAGGCGUGAACAUGAGAGAAGCGGUGGAGAUGCCAAGGAAGGGCGACGUGAGGCACCGCAUCGGGCCCACGCCUUCCUGGGGCGAAGCUGCGCCGCGCAGUUGCCAAUAUGGUGACACAUUCCCGUCGCCUUGGCCCUACGUUGUCAGCAACUUCGAUGGGCCGGGUGCUGAAGUGGAGGUGGAGAAGGGGGAUGAGGACGACCUCACUGAUUCUCCCAUGACGGGCGUGUCGCCGUCGAGUCCGCACCUACACCGCACCAGCGUUGAUACUGAUGGUAAGGCUCCUGCUCCUCUGCCUGAUCCGUUCGUUUUUAUUUCUCCAUCCGCUUCGGGGGCCAACGCCAAGUGUACACUGGUCUGGCCUGCCUCGCCACUGCUGGCGGAGAGAGACUCCAGCACCCCGGCGCGGCGCUCCCUGUCACCAGCCACCGCUGCGAGGCGGUGGUCGCUAUCGGGCUUUGAUAUCGGGCGCCGUAUCGGGCAUGGGCACUCCGGCAAGACGUUCCUUGCGCGGGAAAAGCGCAGCAAAGUCGUCGUGGCGCUCAAAGUUUUCAACGACGACUACGCCCAGCGCCACGACGGCGGGGCGAGUAUGUUCGAGCGUGCGAUGCGACUACAGGCAGCGGCAGGACGGCACUGCCCGCACAUUGUAAAGCUCUAUGCGUUCUUCACAGAUGCGCGACGCUGCUACGCUGCGCUGGAGUACGCGGACGCUGGUGACCUCGCCAGUCACCUCCUUCGCCAGCCGCGCCAACGCCUGCCGGAGGCGCAUGCCCAGGUCAUUGUGUACCACGUGGCGCUGGCACUGCGGCACUUGCACGAGCAACGCGUUGUGCACCGCGCUGUGACGAUGCGCAACGUGCUACUGCGCUGCAGCGAGGCGGGAAUGACCGUCAAACUCGGCGACUUCGCAUCCGCCGUGCAGCUGCCCAACGGGUGCGCUCGCUGGCUCGGCGAGCUCGGCGGCUCCCAUGAUGGGGGGCGGUCGCUGGAGUACGCGGCACCGGAGGUCGUUUGCGGCCGCGGAUGGUCGUUCAAGUCGGACAUGUGGGCACUCGGUAUCCUUGUGUUCGAGAUGGUCUGCGGCUACCACCCCUUCGACCACGUUUCCACGGCUGAGAUGAAGCGGCUCGUUUGCAGCGGUGCCGCCUGCCACUCGCCGCAUGCGCUGUCGCACACCGGCAUGUCCUUUGUGCGGUCACUGGUAUGCGUCGAUGAGGCAGCGCGCAGCAGCGCCGCGACGGCACUGACGCACCCGUUUUUAAGUGGUAUUGCCGCCGCCGCCACCACGGCUGCUGCGGCGAGCGCCAUGCAGGGCGCGGGAGCAAGUGGCCGCACAGAAUCUGCCGGGCCGGCUGCCCAGGCGACGCCGGCGAGCGUCGCCGUUGCCGACGAGUCGCGCAUGGGUGCGAUGCCGCUGCCUAUCAGUCGUGACUUGUCGAGCACGUUCUCGCUCGCUGCAGUGCUGGCCGACACAGAGGCCAACUACGGCAGCGACGGAGGCCACAGCCAGGCGACGGCUGCCAUGACGACAGGCACAAAAACUGCCAUCCGCUGCGCGGACGCUGUUCUGGCCUCUCCGGCGCCGAGGGACGACACCCCGUACGCGCGGUGCGGCGGAAACCCAUCCGUCAACUCUAUCACGACGACGUCUUCAUCGCCGACCGUCAUCACCUUUUCCACUGCCCAGCGCGUCACCGGGACAACAAGGCGUGCACAUGGUGCGCCAUGGCACACAGCGGAUGCGGUCGCUCCAGUGGCGUCUCUGUCGUCCACCAGCUCUCCUGGCCCCUUGAUGUCCUUCGCGCGUCUGACGCACCCCUGUCAGAGCACUGCGCUGCCGUCCGCGGUGACUCUGUCGACCUCCUCGCUCUUUGGCGCCCUGGGCAGCGAGGAAGCGGAUACGAGUUUGGGCCGCCGGCCGAGCGCCACGAGUCUCAGGUCUCCUGGAAACGCCAGCCGCCACAGCCCGACGACGACCCUCAGCGACAUGUCGGCCAGCGUGCUCUCCACGACACGAACGCCAACUACCCUUGCGUCGGAGGCAGCUAAGGCUACCGGAGGUGCGUUCACAGACAGCUGUGCGCCUGAGAGUGUGCUCAGCGCCAGCUUUAAGAGCUGCAACACGCACAAUCCGCACCAUCUUUACUCCCAGCAGCAUCACGCCCGCCACGGUCAGCAGCACGAGCAGCAUGAGACCCCGGCAGCACAUAGCGCUGUGGGAACGGCGCGUAGCGUUGAGAGAAGGUACAGUGAGGACACUCGAGGGGACUGCUCCGUAACCGUCAGCAGCUUGACGUCACGCCCGUCGUGUGGCGCGCGCACGGAGUGGGCCACCGAGGAUGCAGAGGUGUCUGUAUCAUCCUUGACGUUCUCAUCGUCGUCCUCCAUGGGCGCGACGGCUCCUCAAACAAGCUUUCCCACCCGUACCGCAGACGCGCCUCCGCGUCAGCUGACUGGCCACAUGGCAUCGUUGAUGGCAACCAGCGGCGCGCUGGAGGCAGAGCGGUUGCCGCUGACCGGCCGACUGACCUCCUCGACCAUCACUGUGGCAAGCGUCAGAGGGGCACCUGGUGCACCCAAGGCAGCAGUCACAUCAUCACACGCGAGGGGGCCGAGGUCCGGAGCGAAAAGGCUCAGCAAGAGCUCGGCGUGCUCGCUGCGACUCGCCUUUGAAACGCUGAGCGACGAGGACAGCUGGUGA